UUGUUCCGCGCGACAUCGGUCAAGCUUUGUUUUUAUUCGAUCUCUAUUUUGGAUUGAGAAUCAGUGUAAAUUGUGAUCUGUAAUCGAAAUAAACAUUGUACUCGUAGUGUUUCGCAUGUAUUAUGAAAUAGCCGUGACAUCAUGAGGCGAGGUCAUUCAGGCAUUGGUGGGUGGCGGAAUGAAAAUACUAGACAUUUUAGGCCUAGAAGUGGCGGGCAGAUGCAUUAUAGACCUCCACGAACUUUCGGUUUGCUCGACACACCAAGAUUCGCGCCACCUGGUUCGCGAUUUAAAGAAAUACCGCCAUUCAAUACUCGGCCCGAGACAAACUAUCACACUUCUGAACACCAUGACAGAAAUAAAUUCAGGAUAAAGAACCUACCAAAUCACCAAAGACUUGAACGGGACCAUCAUGGUCAUAGAGGAAACUACCCCCAUAUUCCAAGACGACAUGGUGACAGAACUAACUACUCUCAAUAUCAAGAAACAAGAAGUUUUCAUGAAGAUGUUCAAUUGGAACCUUAUCUUGUAAAUAGUAUGGGAGAUGUUGACCAUAGACAACUGAUGACUACUCCCAAACCACGGGAGCCAUUCAGACAUCAUAGAGUGCCAGAUUGGUACAAUGAAAACAAACGAAGCUAUUAUGAUGAGGAAAAACAAAACAAAUAUAACAACAGACCUGACCUAGCCGAAAGUGGUAAAUUGCCCACAUCAGACUAUAUAGGACAUAGACCACCCUCCUCUGAUCAUUAUGGUGGAAACCCUGGUUCAGCUAUUGAUAAUUCCAAUAGUUUCAGCCGUUCAGUUGAUGACACUGUUGAUCUUGUUAGGAAACGCUUGCUGAAUAGAAAUGAACCUCAACAUCAUUCAGGAAACGAACCAAUUGACCAAAAUCAAGAACAUCAUGAGAUCGGGGAUCAUGACAGCAGCUAUCAAAACACUCGAGAGGCACCCACCAAGAAAAGGGUGCAAAGGCAAAAACAAAAUGUGAAAAAUAAUUGUUACAAAAUUAAAAACAAAAUUGUACAUCAAUUAUUUAAAAUGGAUAAAGACAAAAUUCACAAACUGAUGGACAACCCCAGUUCGUCUACAAAGUUUGAAUAUGCCAUAAGCAGCUUAAUUACUGAGUCUCAAAACAGUUUAAACAGACACCUUAGGUCUGUAGCUGAGAAGUCACUUACCACCUCUAGUGACUUCAUAAAUAAUGAUAACAACACUAUUUACGAAGACACAUUUAUGAAACAAAUGCAGUGUAUUUUGGACCCACAGGACUCAGUGUUCCUUGAAGAUAUUAAGCCCUUGGUGAUGCAGGAGCUGAGGAAGGUGCUUCAAUUAGACAAUUAUGAACCACAACAGGAAAACACUGAGGAUCAAAACGCUUACCUUGCUACAGAUGAUAUGAUGUAUGAUCAUGCAGAUAAUUUUGACAUUUAUGAUGAAUAUCCUUAUGAAGAACAUCACCCACAAAAUUAUGAGCUUCAAAAUCCUGAAAUAAGCCCUGAAAAAGAUUAUCCCGAACCUCUUUUUGAGAGGAGGCCGACAGGAGAUCGUGGCCAGAGAAGUAAAAGCCAGGAAAGGAGAUUUAGUAUGGAACAGCGUCGUUUAUCCAGAUUAAGUGCAGAACAAAGAUCAACUGAAAAUAUGUAUUCUGCUUCUGAUAUAUCUGACAGAGACAAACAUCGGAGAAGUGUUGAUAGAAAAUCCCAUGACGAACCUGUUUUAUGUGAGCCAUUGCCUAUUUUUGACAGUAAUGCUGAGCAUUUUUCUGAAGAAGAAGAUCCAUUUGCUGAUUUGGAUAAACAAUAUCAUGUGGCUGUUGACCAUAAUUUCAUACAAGAUUAUAAUGUCAGCCCCCAACAAUCAAUUACUAGCAAUAGGUCAAAGUCACCUCCAAAGAAUGAAAUAGAAACUCCUGUCAAAACUUCAAUGGAUAUCAAAACUGAAAUUGAUGCUCAAUUGUUUAAUAUUGCCAAAUCUCCACUAGAAAUAAUACCAAGUGUCAAUGAAAUCUACAAAGGCACACCUAAAAAGGACAUUCAAAUGAAACAUGAAUGCAAUAUUACACCUGUGAAAAAAACUGACAAUGACACUCCAAUAAAAAAGGAAUUCAUUACGCCAGUUAAAAAUCAUAAUGAGGAUACGAUUUUGGAUAGCCAUAUCAAACAAGCGAAAAGUUCACAAGAAAAGAAAUUAGAUCACAGAGUUGGGAACUCUGAAAAUAAUAGCAACCUGAUGAAAAGGUCAUCAUCAGGCAGUUCACGCAAAAGAUCACUAGACCAGCGACCGUCUCAUCGAAAAGAAAAACGUAAAAAAAGUGAAUCAAGUCAAUCUGAGCCUAGCAAACAGAUAUUAAACAAAAAUAUAAUAAUAAAUGUAAAUGAUUGUGCUUCUAAGAAAAAUGAAAAAUGUUCAGAGGCUGCUGCAAAAUCUAUUUUUAACUUAUUUUUCUCAAAAGGAGAGCACAGUAAAGAGCCAGCAAAAGAUACAAAUAAAACAGAAUCUGCAGACAAAAGUUACUCAGAUAAAUAUGUGAAAAGAAAAGAGCAGAGUAUUGUUUCAAAAGAUGUUAAGCAAGGUGAGGCCAAGAAAAGACAUCGUUCUGUUUCAUCCAGUCAUUCCAAUGUAAGUCCUAAAGGUAAUAGUACAAGCAGCAAUAGUAGUAGUAACUUGCCCCAGAUUAAAUCAGAUUCGAAUAAAAACAAAUUAAAGCACAUAGACAUGUUUACAGAGCAAACACGUAAAGUAAGUUUACAUCAGUCGAACAGGAAUACAGCUUUACCACCUAUGACACCAGAGAAAGUUAUUGAGGAGAAUAAAGCCAAUAUACCCACAAUCAAAGUUAAGAAAACAGUCUUUCCAUCAACAAAGUUAAUAUCAAAAGAAACACAGACAUUUGAAAGCAAGAAAUGUAUUUCUCGUUUUAUCCAAACCGAAAGGAAGAAGUUAUCAGUCAAAGCAAUACAAACAGAUCCUGUAACAUUUGAGAAAUCAGGGUCCAAGUCCACUGAUACCUUUGAGAGAAUGAAAGAGAUUGAUCUAGAAAUACAAGUAUUGCUGCAGGAGAAGUUUAAACUGUACAGUUCAUUGGAAACUAAAGAUCCAAACCAGACCUUAGGUAUGACAGUUUUGAAUGUGGUACCAUUUGAAGAAGAUAAAGAACAAGGCAGCCUAACUGAAUCUGAAGAUGCAAUUGUUGCAGACUUCACCAGUAUACCUGUGGAAGAACUUGAACAAAUUGCACUUGAAACUGUAGAUGAUGAUGAUGCAUUUGAAACUCGUAAGAGUAAAAAGAGUCAACGCCAAAAAGUAUUGGAGCGAGAGAGGACGACGUCAAGGAGUCCAUCAAAAAGCAGCAAGAAAGGAAAAGGUCCUAAUAUAUCACUAAUAGAGCAAAUAAUCACUGAUGAUAGACCUCUAGAAGAUAUAAUAUCUCUCGAUGAUUUGGAAUGUUCUCCUGUUAAAUCUAAAAGGAAAUUGUCGAAACAGACAAAACCUAAGAAGAAGACUUCUAAUAAAAAGAGGAGUAAGCAAACAAAAGCAAUGUACAAUACAAUCAAACAUGGAUACAAUUUGAAGGAAUGUUGUGUGAUCUUACACAGAGAUGAUAUUGAAAAUUAUUAUCAAAAUAAAAGAGAGCAAUCAGACUUAGUUUUCACAAAGCUGCCGGAUGAACCAGCAGUUAUUGUGGAGACGAUUCCAGUAUUCGCCGAUACAGAAAUAGAAUCCAUGUAUUCUGUGCCAGAAAGGGAAGAAACUAUUCAGGAGACCAUUGUCAAUGACGAUUCUGUUAAUGUGAAUGACAUUCAUUUUGAUAUGUUAGAUGUGUCUGAGGAUAUUGUCAUUGGAGAUGUUUAUGAUGUGAAAUCUAAUGACAAAGAUGUAGGAGGGAGGAUGGAUAUGUCUGUUAGUGAGGAGAUAAUAUUGGACAAUAGUCAGUCGUCCGAGGAUGUAGCGCAAGCGGAGGCAGCACAGCCGGACAGUCAAUGCAAAAUGUAUGAUUUCUCAACUGAUGAAAACCUUCGUCGAGACGCUCACAUGGUAACUUCGAAUCCUGAUGCUGUCCUCGCUUUGGAGUGUGUGGAAAACAACAAUUUCCUGGCUGCGUGUCUGGACGGCAAUGUAUACCACUAUAGCAGCGAUGGGCAGCUGAUCACCACGCUGCGCGGGUACAACCAGCCGGUCACAUGCCUCAACAUCGUAAGGGACAAGUACGGGACAACUGUGUAUACCGGCUCGCUGGACUCGAGGAUACGAUACUAUGAUUUGGAGUCAGGCAUGGAGAAGGGCCCGGAGUGCAACGUGCUGAGCCCCAUACAGUCCAUGGACCGCGCCUGGGACACCGUGUUCGUCGGCACCAGGACUGGCUUCGUGCUGCAAUUUGAGUGCAAGAAUAAUAUGCUAAUACCAGUGAGCACUGUGAAAUUCUCAGAGCAGUCGAUCCUAGCUCUGAGAGCGAUGAAGGAGGGCCCUCGCAAGGUGCUGCUGGUGGCAGCGCGCGCGGAGGAUGUCACAGUCCGGGACGCCCAGACUGGCCUUCUGCUGCGGACUCUCAGCGGGCCCAAGAUGACCGUCUACAGCUUGCUGUAUGAGGACGGGAAGGUGUAUUGCGGGACCAGCAGCCAUCAGAUACAUGUCUUUGAUUAUGCUAGCAGCAGCCACGUGGCGACUCACUCGGGCGGUAAGGGGGUAGUCUGUCUGCGCGCGAGCGGCGGCCUAUUGUUUGCUGGCUGCUACGACGGCUGCGUCUACGUCUACAGGGAAGGCGAGCCUCGUCCGCUGGCGCAGCUACGAGGCCCCGGCGUCAUGUUGCUGUCCCUCGCCAUCGUUGGCAGCAAGAUCAUAGCUGGCUACAAAGACAGAGGGCUGCACAUAUGGAAGAUACCACUGGGCAUACUGCAAGAGAUGAUUUUGUAAAUACCUUGGGUUAGAUUUAAUCUCACCUACUGUUUAAAACAUUAAAUUAAAGAACACUAAUUUUUUUUAGUAUAUACAUUGUAUAUAAUAAAAGAGUUUACCUAGUUGCA